CAGAAUAGUAGGACGUUAAACCUUAUUUCAUUUAAUUUUCAUUGAAGUUUAUGGCGUUGACAUCAGAAGCCUGGAAUAAAGUAGAACAUAAAGUUGCUGAUACAAUAAAUCUAUGUUUAGUGUCACAUGAAAUCCGAGACUAGGCAGUUCUAUGUUUAAUUUAAUGUUAUAAAGAUUAUAAAGAAGAGCACAUGGAAGUUUGAUCUGCUUGAACAGAACUUGAAGAUAAUAAAGUUGAGAUUUGAUCUGCAUCCACGGAACUUGAAGAUUAUAAAGUUACAGAUUGGUCUGAAUCCACAGAACAGGAAGAUUAUAAACUGUUUAUCGAUGACAUCAUGAGACAAUUAAAUCUAAAUAAAGAGUUGCGCUAAGAUCGUAAAUGAUCUACCGUACGAUUUAUUACCAAAACUUGAAAGAAAAAAAGCCUAGAGUGAAGACGGGUAGCUAUUUUCAAGUGAUAUUUCGGAACGAAGUUGAUUAAUUUUUCUGAUCAAAUUGAGCACCUACCUCAAAAUAAUGAAAUCUAGUAAAAAACUUCAUAGAUGGUUUAUGCUAAUCUCGGUUGUUAGUUUAAUAACGGUUUGGAUAUGGCUUAUUAUGUUCUCUCACCCAAUUUUACAAAACAACCUCCGGUCCAACCAUAAAUUACAAUUUCCGUCGUUCAACUGUCCAGAUGUGUUGAGAUAUAUGACUCAAGGAAAAUGGAUACCAGAAAAAUUAAACUCAUUUGCGCAAAUGGAAAUUGACAUAUUUUUAGAAAAGGCACGGAAAGAUUUUUACCUUCCAGGAACUCUUCAACGAUUGGAUAAUAAAUGUGGAAACGUAACGUUUGAUUGGUUAGUCGGGUUUCAACACCCGUUGCUAUGGUUUCGUGCACUGUGUGAUCCCAAAGGUAAAAACCCUUGUUGUUAUGACAACAUGUGUACAAACCGACCAAUAGAAAUGUGUAAAUGUCCCGGUUGCUAUGAUAUGCGACAACAAGUGAAUGCUGAGUAUGCUAGAUGGGAUUCCGUACACCCAGGUUGCCAGGUUCCGUUACGAUCUCUAGAUAAUAUGUGCAACAGUUUAAAAGACGUCACCAUUUAUUUUAUCGGGGAUUCAUUCAUACGUCAUAUGUAUACUGCUUUUCUAAUGUUGGUCACGGGAGAUAUGUAUGACGGUGCCAUGGCUGCCGAACUUAUGUCACCCUAUAACCACAGUAAAUGUUUGGGUAUGUAUGCGUUUAGUGAACGAGAUUGCCGAGGAUUUCUUCAACCGAAAGCAGAAUUGUGUCACAAAUCGCUUAAUGUCGAAGUCAUGGAACUUUCUAGAAUAGACAACAGUGAUUUAAUCAUUAGAACUAUCAAAAAACUUGAAAAUCACCCAAAAAGUAUGGUAGUCAUGGGAAUCGGUAUCCAUGACAACUAUAAUUCAGAAAAGACUGCAGACACGUUGUUAUCACCAAUAGUAACGGAAAGAUUCGCGUUAAAUCAAACAUGGCCGAGACUUUUGUGGGCUGCACCGCAUGCGCCUGGAUUGUUAAAGACGCCAAGAGUUCCGGAACAAAGUCAUGCAAGUGUGAUAAAGUUUAAUGACAAUAUCAGAUAUUAUUUAAGCAAAUGGAAUAUUCCAAUAUUUGACAGUUUUAAUUUAACUAAUGGUGUGAAUAGUUUUGAUGGAGCUCAUUAUGGACUUGGUGUUAAUUUAAUCAAAGUUAAAAUAUUAAUAGAAUAUAUCAGAGAAUUAAGAUCACGAGAAAAAUGGUGA